AUGGAUGAGACGGCGGCAGAGGGUCAGACCAAGCCCCAGAAGAGAGUGAGGUUCCGGGUGGCUUCGGGGAACAGCGGCCGCGUGCUGAAAGAGAUGUUCAAAGAUGAAGGGCCCUACGACUCGCUCGACUCGGACUGCACCAGCAGCUCGGCGGCCAGCGGGGACGGACCCCCCUACGGAGGGUACCUGGGCUCCGAGCUGGACGACAGCGAGAGCGAACCGGACGAGCUAUUGGUCUAUGCCGCUGGCGCCGCCAAGGACCGGAUGUUUGCCUCCAAAAGGGUCAAUAUACUCAGCAAGAAUGGCACUGUGAGGGGGGUCAAGCACAAAGUGAGCGCAGGUCAGACGCUCUUUGAAAACCUCCCACAUUGCAACAGUGUGCAGUUACUGCUGGAGUUCGGUCGGAUGGUAAUCUACACCACCAGCUUCCGUGUGGUGAGGACCACCUUCGAGCGGUGCGAGCUGGUACGCAAGAUCUUCCAGAACCACAGGCUCAAGUUCAUGGAGAAGAACAUCGCUCUGGACAGCGAAUACGGAAAAGAGCUGGAGGAGCGGUGCAAGCGGGUGGGAGAGCCUCCGUCGCUGCCUGUGGUCUUUGUAGAUGGCCACUACCUCGGGGGUGCUGAGAAGAUACUGAACAUGAAUGAAUCGGGAGAAUUGCAAGAUCUUCUAACAAAAAUUGAGCGGGUGCAGCACCCCGAGACGUGCCAGAGCUGCGGGGGCUUCGCCUUCGUCCCUUGCCCAAUGUGCCAUGGCAGCAAGAUGUCCGUGUUCCGCAACUGCUUCACGGACUCCUUCAAAGCCCUCAAGUGCACUUCCUGUAACGAGAACGGACUGCGGCCUUGCGGGAGCUGCAGCCAGUGA